AUGGAGUGGAGAAAUUUGUUAAUCGAUAGAUUAUGUUUUUUAAUUAUUUUUUAUUCUAUUCAAGAAAUAAUUGGAUAUGAAUUAGUAUCGAAUAUUCAUCUUCAAAAUUGGACAAAUCCAUGUGAACCAAAUCCAUGUCGAGCUGGAACAUGUGAACUUAUUUCAAAAUUCAAUUUUAUUUGUCAUUGUAUUCCUUAUGUACAUGGUCAAUUAUGUGAAAAAUUAAAUUAUGAUCAACAACCAUGUGAAAGUAAUCCAUGUUAUAAUCAAGGUUUAUGUUCACCUAUAUCUCAAAGAGAUUCUUUAACAAAUAAUACUUUUAUGUGUCUUUGUCCACCACAACAUGCUGGAGAAUAUUGUCAAGAAAAUAUUGGAGAAUGUUCUUGUUUAAAUCAAGCAACUUGUUAUAAUACAUCAAAUGAUGGAUAUAAAUGUUCUUGUCCAAUGAUGUUUACUGGACCAUUUUGUGAACUUGAUUUACGAAAUACAACGUUUUGUAGUUAUAAUCCAUGCCAAAAUAAUGGUACAUGUAUAUUAAUUGAAUCUCCAGCUGGAAUUUGUUUAUGUCAACCAGGAUAUAUUGGAGAAUAUUGUGAAAAACGUGUUUCUUUUUGUCAAGAAAAUCCAUGUAGAAAUAAUGGUACAUGUGUUCCAUUAUCUGGUGUUGAUGGUCAAUGUCUUUGUCAACCAGGUUAUUCAGGUAAUUUAUGUGAACAAGUUCAAAGAACAUUUUGUUCAGUUAAUCCAUGUCGAAAUGGAUCAACUUGUAUUGUAUUAAAUCAUACUGGUGAUGGAUUUUGUUUAUGUCAAGAGGAUUAUGUUGGACCUUAUUGUGAAUAUAUAACACCAACGGCAUGUAAAAAACGUUGUAACAAUAAUCAAGGAAAAUGUGCUUUAAUUGAUAAUAAAUAUGGAAGAUGUUUAUGUCCAAAAGAUGUAACAGGAACUUAUUGUGAAAUCCAACUUCAUUCUUGUGCACCAAAUCCUUGUGAAAAUAAUGGAAUAUGUGUACAUGAAAUAUCAACUCAAUCAUAUAAAUGUAUAUGUACAUAUGGUUAUUCAGGUAUAAAUUGUUCCCAAAAUUUAAAUAAAUCAUAUUGUUCAUCAAAUCCUUGUACGAAUAAUGGAACAUGUCUACAAUCUCCAACAAGUGGUGAUGGUAUAUGUAGAUGUGAACAAGCUUUUUCAGGAAAAUAUUGUGAUGAAAUAGUUAAAUGUGGUUAUGAUCAAUGUCAAUAUCCUGAAGAAGUUUGUUUAGCAGAUAGUUGUGUUAAUGUAACAGGAGAACUUUAUUGUUUAUUACAUGAAUGUAAACAUGGUGGAAAAUGUGAUCCAAUAAAAAGAGAAUGUUUAUGUGAAAAAGGUUUUACUGGUAUUAAAUGUGAAUUAAAUACAAUUUAUUGUGAUCAAAUAAAUAAUAUUUGUUUAAAUAAUGGAACUUGUUUAAUUAAAGAUAAUCGUUGUCUUUGUACAAAUUAUUUUACUGGAAAAUAUUGUGAAAUUUUAAUUUAA